UUCAAGAAACCUGUGAGAAAAGAAGGCUUAAAUAUAACAAGUACUAACAAUCAAUUAUUUAAUACAUUCAAUAUAUAUCGGUGUAUUCAAAUUUAUCAGAAAUUUAGACUCUGCUUUGUCUCAUUUUGAAUCUCCCACCGGGUUUUUGAUUACGAGUCAAUAUUGCUAUCGGCCUUGUCUGAUCCUCGUUGCUGCAGAAUCAUUGCCAGGAGGGAAUACGUAGAAAAUUGACUUUAACGCAUUGCGCAUUGCGUUUUUCGUGAUAUACUUUGUGAAUGAUAAAGGUGACAGGUGGUUUGACGUUUAACGGGCGCCAUCGUUGUUGGCCACAGUGAUCUGCCAUAUUGCCCUGCGAUAUACAAGUUUCCUCAACAAUUUACUCUCAAACAACACCCAUUAGACAUUCCAUGGAACAGUGAACAGUUCUACGCAUCUAGUCAGCGCACGCAAGAAAAGUUCGUGCCACUCGCCUAUUUUUGAGUUUCUUUCGGAGUUCCUUCAAAAAAAAGAAACACAAAGGUACAAAAUGUCUGCGGGACCGUACAACUAUUCGUACAUCUUUAAGUACAUUAUUAUUGGCGAUAUGGGAGUCGGGAAGUCUUGCCUACUUCAUCAGUUCACUGAAAAGAAAUUCAUGGCUGAUUGUCCGCAUACUAUUGGUGUGGAGUUUGGUACAAGGAUCAUUGAAGUUGCUGGGCAGAAGAUUAAGCUACAAAUAUGGGAUACCGCUGGACAAGAAAGAUUCAGAGCAGUGACUAGGUCUUACUAUCGUGGAGCAGCCGGUGCGUUAAUGGUUUAUGACAUCACGCGCCGUUCAACUUACAAUCAUUUGAGUAGCUGGCUCACAGAUACGCGGAAUCUGACGAAUCCAAGCACUGUGAUAUUUUUGAUUGGAAACAAGAGCGAUCUGGAAGGACAGCGUGAUGUCACUUAUGAGGAAGCCAAACAGUUUGCUGAUGAUAACGGACUGAUGUUCGUUGAAGCUAGUGCAAAAACGGGACACAAUGUGGAGGAAGCCUUCCUCGAGACGGCGAAAAAGAUAUUCCAGAGCAUACAAGACGGCCGAUUGGAUCUGAAUGCUGCGGAAUCUGGUGUUCAACAUAACCCAAGCCAACCUGGCCGUACUAAUUUACAGGGAGUAUCCAAUGACCAGCAAGGUGGCAAGGAUUCCUGCUCUUGCUAGGCCGUUGAUGCCAGAGGUACAAGAGAAACUUCGUCUAGAUGACGAGGCAUACUUACACUACUUAACUUCCUCCGAAGUUGAGUUUACACCAAUCAAUUUUUUGAAUCCUCUCAUUCCUUUCCCAUUAGAAAAAAGAUUUGAUAUUUACAUGGAGGAUGGCGCUAUCCGUUAAAUCUUCAAAUGGGGAUAGUAAAAGAACGAUAUCGAUUCUAUUUAUUAUAAACAGUGAUUAUGUAUAAGUAUAAUUAUUAUGAGAGUAAAUGAUGUAAAUAAAAGUUUGCUGGAUCCAGCAAUUCCAAUUUCCCUUUCA